CUCCCCCAGCUUCGCGGCCCGCGACUUCCAGCACCCGAGCAGUUUCACGCACGUCUUCGACCAGCCCUCGUUUAUCACAAUCCGGGACAAUCGAGCGCGGCGAUGGCGCAGAGUCUCGAAAGCAGGCCGACGGUGGUUGAUUUCCGCGAGGAUAGCCCGUGGGUGAAGCUGGCGAAGGCGCACUGGCUGGACGUCAAGGUGCGCAAGGUCAAGCCCGAUGUGAUCAAGAAGCAAUUGUGGGACCCCCUGGAGGCUGAGGGGUUCAGCACUCGCUCGCUGCUGAUCUUGGAGAAUUUGAAUGUGCUGGAGAAGUUCUUGUGGCCGACGUACACCGAAGAUGCUUCGAAUCACCAUGUUCUUUUGAUCGCGCUGAUCGUGAGCGUUAAAUAUCGCGAACACUUGCCGAUAUGGGACAUUUUCUCGGACCGCGGCGACGACUUUUCGACCCUGUUUCAUCGAAUCCUGUCGAUGAGCAUCGACCCUUCUCUGUCAACGCACUCGCGCAUGUCCAUUAUCUCGUUCAUUAUCGGUGCCUUCCAAUCGCUCGAGAACGUCUUGAUCCGGAAAGAAUGCGCCCCGCUCGUUGCGAUUUCGAUUUGGCACAACCUGGCCAGCGAGGAUGCCCGAGAGAGAGUUAUUGCGAAAUCUCCCAUGCUCAAGAAGGCCUGGAAGGCCGCGGGCAAGCGAUUUGAUGCUGGGGAUGAUGCGACCAAGGCCAAGAUCCGAUUUGAACGCGCUUGGCUGUACACCAUGCUGUUGGAUUUCCUGCAAAGGCUGAAUGGAUCGGAGCAAUCGGAGAACCUUCUCUAUUGCGAGCGUUUCAUGGAGUUGCUGGUUGACUUGUUGAGCCAACUUCCAACCCGACGCUAUGUGAACACGCUUCUCAAGGACCUCAAUCUUUUGCCCAUCAUUAGUCUCUCGCAGCUUUACCGCGAGCCUGAAAGCGCCCUUUUCCGAGACCUCUACAACCUUCUUAGGCACUUUGUCAACUUUGCUAUUGAUGACUACACGGGCGAGUCGCUUUCCCCGCAGGCAGUCUAUGACAUCCACUGCCAGGAUCUGGGGCGAUUGCAGAGGACGGCCAUGAAGUUCUUCCGGGAGAAACUCAUGAUCCUCGCACUAUCCAACCUUGGAACCAUUUCGCAGCGGUCUGAACUCGAAGGACAGCUUUCUUCAUUGGAGGAUUUCGAACUCCAGACCCUGUGCUCCCAUCUUGGGUUCCGUACCAACUACCCCAAGUCUGCUGGUAUCACCCCAGACCGAGAACUGUAUACGGAAGUCCUCGCUUCAUUCUAUGAGUCUAAACCUUCAUUCCAGGAGGCCAUUUCCAAAUUGAACAUUGUUCCGACGGAUGCCGAUCUCUAUAACCCGGCUUUGUUGAGGAACGAGACCUAUGAUGGAUCUAGGCCCCUUGCCAUUCCGAAGUUGAAUCUGCAGUACCUCAGUAUUGGUGAUUUCCUGUGGCGGUCGUUCCUACUCUACCGAUCAGAGGCCUUCUUCCAGAUCCGCAAGGAUAUGGAGUCUGUCGUGAAGCGCAUGCAGCCCCGAGCAAAUCGCGAUGGAAGCGUGAAGUUUGAGGGAUUCUCGCGCAUGGCAAUUCCUAUCUCCAAGCCUGCCAUCAUCGAAGUGGCUCAGCCCAAGGUUGGUUCGCCGAACCCGGCUUUCGUCCGCGCAGAGAUUCCCAUUGAGGUCGGAAGACUCGCAGACCACAUUCGCAAAGAAUGGGAGGCUCUUCGUCCGAAUGAUGUGGUCUACCUGCUGGCGGUUCAGUCCACAUCCCCUGCUCAAUUCGGAAUCCGUGAUCAAGAUGCCGAGGGUCCUCGCAUGACCCAUCUUCGCACGGCAGAAAUCGUGCAGAUUCUUGACGACCAAGGCCGUCCGCUACGUCAGCCAGCUACUGGUCAGUCCAAUGGAUACAACUCCCGCCCGCGAAUUCGUCGCCUACUUGUCAACUUGGAAGCCUCUGUGUUCAAGGCCGACAAGGACCUUCAGGCCCAGGGCAAGCCCGAUAUCUAUUCCUUGGUCAAUGUGAUCGCGCGUCGGAAGGGCCGGGAAAACAACUUCAAGUCCAUUCUGGAAACAAUGCAGAAUCUCAUUGUCUCUGAUGUGCCCCUUCCGUCGUGGCUUCAAGACAUCUUCCUUGGAUACGGUGAUCCCGCUGGAGCUCAAUACUCGCGACUGUCCAACCGACUCCAGUCGGUGGACUUCCGGGACACCUUCCUCGACUGGUCGCAUCUGGUUGAAAGCUUUCCUGGAAAGACCAUCGAGCCAUCUGGUGCCGAAACAUCAAGAUUUGGGCCUCCCUAUGUGCUUGAGACUGUUGAGGGUGAACCGGCCCCGGUGGAAGUGCCCCCGAAGAAGCGUCGCAAGGGCCAAGCUGAACAGACCGAGCAGGCUCCCAGCACACUGCGUGUUUCGACUUACAAGCCUCCUAACCGCGGACCGUAUCCUAUUGAUGCGCCCAAACUGAACACUGUCCGGUUUACUUCAGCUCAGGUGGAGGCCAUUGCCUCUGGUACACAGCCAGGACUGACGGUCAUUGUUGGACCCCCCGGUACUGGAAAGACCGAUGUUGCCACCCAAAUCAUUAACAACCUUUACCAUAAUUUCCCCGGCGAGCGCACGCUGUUAAUUGCGCACAGCAACCAAGCCCUCAACCAACUUUUCCAGAAGAUCAUUGCCCUCGAUAUCGACGAGCGUCACCUCCUGCGGUUGGGUCAUGGUGAGGAGGAACUGGAUACAGAGUCGAACUACAGCAAACAUGGGCGGGUAGAAUCAUUCCUCGAUAACCGGAACAUCUACUUAUCUGAAGUCCAACGACUGGCAGGCUCUAUCCAGGCGGAGGGAGCUCAUGGAAACUCCUGUGAGACUGCGGGCUACUUCAACACGGUUUACGUGCAGCCAGCAUGGACCAAAUUCUGGGAACAGGCCAAGUCCGACGCCUCAAACGAGGAUAUCAUAACAUCCUUCCCGUUCCACGGCUACUUCUCCAAUGCUCCCCAACCACUUUUCGAUGCCAGUGCCUCCAAGGAAUCGAUCUUGGAUAUUGCCUCGGGCUGCCAAAGACACAUUGACCGAAUCUUUGCCGAACUCGAGGAUAUCCGACCAUUCGAAAUUUUGCGCCAGCCCCGCGACAAGGCCAACUAUCUCCUGGUUAAAGAGGCCCGAGUCAUCGCGAUGACCUCCACACACGCCGCGAUGCGUCGACAAGAAAUUGCUGAUCUGGGCUUCCACUACGACAACGUCGUGAUGGAAGAAGCAGCCCAAAUCACCGAGAUCGAGAGCUUCAUUCCCUCUGCUCUGCAAAACGUGAAGAGCGAUAAUAGCGAACAUCCCCUGAAGCGAGUUGUCCUUUGCGGAGACCACUUCCAGAACUCGCCCGUCAUCCAAAACAUGGCUUUCCGCCAAUACGCACACUUCGAACAUAGCUUGUUCCUUCGUCUGGCGCGUCUCGGUGUUCCCGUCAUUACACUAGACAGGCAAGGCCGUGCUCGACCUAGCAUUGCAGAGCUCUUCCGCUGGCGAUACCCCGAGUUGGGCGAUCUGCCCUCGGUCGAGACCAUGGAGGAGUUCAAGCUUGCCAAUGCGGGAUUCAAGUUCGAUUACCAGUUCAUCAAUGUUCCGGAUUACCAGGGCGAGGGUGAACGCGAACCCACACCGCACUUCAUCCAGAACCUGGGCGAGGCGGAGUAUGCGGUCGCUAUGUACCAGUACAUGCGUUUACUGGGCUACCCAGCCUCGAAGAUCUCGAUUCUCGCUACGUAUGCUGGCCAAACGGCUUUGAUUCGGGAUGUGCUGAUCCACCGCUGCGCGAAGAAUUCGAUGUUCGGUAUGCCUAAGAUCGUGGCGACGGUUGAUAGGUAUCAAGGAGAGCAGAAUGACUACGUAAUCCUCUCCUUAACCCGUACCCGAACAGUCGGCUACCUCCGCGACGUCCGUCGUCUAACUGUCGCCCUCUCCCGCGCCCGACUCGGCCUGUACAUCCUGGGUCGCCGCGAGGUCUUCGAAUCCUGCUACGAACUCAAGCCAGCUUUUGAUCUGCUUCUUGCACGUCCUGAUAAGUUGAUGCUUGCGCCUGGCGAAAUGUUCCCCAGUACGCGCGCGCUGGACGCCGAAAUUGAGGGUACGCCUAUGGAGAGCGUGGAGCAUUUGGGCCAGUAUGUCUUUGAGAUGACUCAGGCUAAGGUUAUGGCUCUGGGUGAUGGAUCCAUGAUUGUUGAUGAGGCGGGUCCUGAAGAGGAUGGUCUCGUUGAUGAGGAUGAGGUUAUGGAGGAGGAUGAUAUAUGA